CGCAGGUCCCGCUCAGACUCCCGCUGCGUCCUGCGUUUCUCCGACCGAGAACUGUGCUGAACUACGAGGAGGCCGCGGCCGCCCAGCAUGGCGGAAGGUGAUAAAGAUUGUUAUCCUGACAUCCUGAAGGAUGAAGAAAAUAGAAGAUCUGGUGAAAAAAAUCUUCAGGAAGAACUACAGAUGUUCCGAGCUCGUUGGAUGUCUGAACUUGCUCCAGGAGUGAGUUUUUCAGGGGUAGAGACUCAGCUCCGCAGAGGAGCCGUGAGAGGGCCUGUUGGGAAGGCCUCAGAUACCAAAGCAAAGCAAGAAUUGGCUAAGGAGGAGAAGGCAAGAGAACUCUUUCUUCAAGCUGCAGAGCAAGAACAAAAUGGGGCACUCUAUGAAGCCAUCAAGUUUUACCGUCGAGCCAUGCAGCUUGUGCCCGACAUAGAGUUUAAAAUUAAUUACAACUGGUCUCCGGAUGGUGACGGAGUAGGAAAAAAAUUUAUGGAAGAUGCCAAUGAUGACCGCAAGAUGGCCGAUUUAUUCUCAUACUUCCAGCAGCAGCUGACAUUUCAGGAGUCUUCACUUAAAUUGUGCCAGUCCGGGUAUGAUGUCAGCCAGACUCAUAUUUCUGUGCUCCCUAUGGAGGUGCUGAUGUAUAUUUUCCGCUGGGUGGUUUCCAGUGAACUUGAUCUGCGAUCAUUAGAACAACUGUCGUUGGUCUGCAAGGGCUUUUAUAUUUGUGCCAGGGAUCCUGAGAUUUGGCGCUUGGCAUGCUUGAAAGUGUGGGGCAGAAACUGUGUGAAACUCGUACCGUAUGCCACGUGGAGGCAGAUGUUUCUAGAGAGGCCACGUGUUCGAUUUGAUGGUGUGUACAUUAGUAAGACCACAUAUAUACGCCAGGGAGAACAGUCUCUGGAUGGAUUUUAUCGGGCUUGGCACCAAGUGGAAUAUUUUAGGUAUAUGAGAUUUUUUCCUGAUGGACAACUUAUUAUGCUCACCACACCAGAAGAGCCCUAUACAAUUGUACCUCGUCUAAGGACAAAAAAUGCAAGAACUGAUGCAAUGUUGCUUGGCCAUUAUCGUCUAUCUCAAGAUACAGACAACCAAACCAAAGUUUUUGCAGUUAUAACCAACAAGAAGGAUGAGAAAUCAACAGAGUACCAAAGGUAUCGUUAUAUCCGUCGCUCCCCGGUGCAGGAAACUGACCACAGCUUUCAUGUGGGGCUUCAGCUAUGCUCAAGUGGGCGCCACAAAUUCAACAAACUGGUUUGGAUUCAUCAUUCUUGUCACAUUACUUAUAAAUCGACUGGAGAGACGGCGGUCACAGCGUUUGACAUUGAUAAAAUGUACACACCACUGUUCCUUGCUCGUGUGAAGAGUUUCACUGCUGUAUCUGAGAAACCUCUUUAAGUUGGAAGGUCUUCUCUUCAGUCUUGCAUGGUUUAUUCUGAUAGAGGACAGCAUUGGAGCACACUGCAUAGAUUUAUAUGUGGGUGCAUUCACUUUUCUUUUGGGCCAUUUAGGGACAGACUUAAUUUUGCUAAACUUGAAAUCUUUCUUCUAAAAAGUGUGUAUUUUGCAAGAUGUUUUAAUAAUUUAGAAUUUGUUUCACACGCCGAUUUUUUUUUUGUUAUAUGUUAUUUUAUUCUACGCAAUCAUCUAACACACAGCCUAACAAACCCUAGUAUUUCCAUCUUUCAAAAUGCUGGUACAUUCUUUAGGAAAGUAGCCAGUGACCAGUGCGAACACCCUUACGGUUGAAGCCAUUCUCUCAAUGCAGCCCAGCUUAUGCCUGGAAAUUAAUACAUUUAUUGGGCAUAUUGUCGGUAGGAUGUGGUCACAAAUGAAGGGUCUCCACCCAUAUGCUGGUCACAGGUAAAAAAAUAUAUAAUAAUUAUUAAAAAAAAAAACCAUAAAGGGUCCCCAAAACAUUCAGUUAUAUUGGAAUAAAUCAUUUUUAUUUUCAUAGUCCUGUUGCUCGCUGAAAAGGUGAGGUUUUCACUAGCAAUGCAACAAAGGAAUGAUGGAUUACUACCUACAAAUGUAUGUUAUUUAGAAAAGCCAGUCAGCAUUAUGUAUCCUGCUGCGUAGGCACUAAAUUACAGUCUAAACUAUAGGUGAAAAUAUAUAAAUGAUAAAUAUAAAGAGAGUUUUUUAUAAGCUUAAGUAGUCAUUUUAAGGAUUUCAAAUAUGGUGACGGUCAUUAACUAUUGCUAAUGGUAUGUAUGUAUAUAUCUAUAUGUACAGUAUGUAAUUAUAUAAUUAAUGUGCUGAAA